CCAGCGUCAGGCAUUAAUUCCCGAGAAAUUGGUAGUGCAGUCAACACAUAGAGCAGCAGCGAGGAUAUUAAUUUCCUGGUUAGGCGUUAGUUAGACGCCUCGUUGGCCCUUGUCAUCCGGCUAUUUGAAACUAGGGGCUUCCCCCUUCUUUCAUCACACCAGCUGGUUAUUCAAGGCCGCAUUCGCUCAGUUGCCAUGGCGACAAGCCUCACCAAUGCCGUGGCUCAGAGCAUCGCUGCGGUUCCCGAGCUCGCCGCAGCUCGCGGAGCUAAGCACGCAGAAGCAGCGUCGCUCGCUUCCUCCUUCGCUGGUCUCAGCCUGAAAAGAGUAGAGCCUCUUACGGCCAGAAGUAAUGCCUCCAGGGCUGUCAGGAAGGCAUGCCGAGCCGUCGCUGCCGUGGAAACAGCUGCUAAGUCCGAGCCUGAGAGAGGCUUCGAGAAUGAAGGGAAUAAGUACGGUCGCGAGUACUUCCCGCUCGCGUCCGUCGUCGGACAGGAGAUCAUCAAAUCCGCGCUGCUUCUAGGAGCCGUGGACAUGCAGGUUGGCGGAAUUGCCAUCGCCGGUAAGAGGGGAACUGCCAAGACUGUCAUGGCUCGCGGACUGCACGGGGUGCUUCCACCCAUCGAGAUCGUCGAAGGGAGCAGCGCCAAUGCCGACCCGGAAUGUCCCCAGGAGUGGGAGCAGGGCUUGAAGGACCGCGUGCAGUACAACGAGGAUGGCACAAUCAAGACCAAGAUCAUCCGCGCGCCCUUCGUGCAGAUUCCCUUGGGUAUCACGGAAGACCGUCUUAUCGGAUCAGUCGAUGUCGAGGAAUCCGUCAGAACCGGCACAACGGUCUACCAGCCUGGCCUCCUGGCCGAGGCGCAUCGCGGCGUGCUCUACGUGGACGAGAUUAAUCUCCUCGACGACGGCAUCGUGAAUCUGCUGCUCAGCGUGCUCACGGACGGAGUGAAUGUUAUUGAGCGCGAGGGCGUGAGCUUCCGCCAUCCGUGCCGGCCGCUUCUGAUCGCGACAUACAACCCCGACGAGGGCAAUGUUCGCGAGCACCUGCUCGACCGUAUCGCCAUCAAUCUCAGCGCGGACGUGGUUCAGGACUUCGGUGACCGCGUGUCAGCAGUGGAGAUCGCGAUGAACUUCCAGAACCGCGCCAAGGAGGUGCUGGUGGAGUCCAAGGACGCCACGGAGGCCGCGCGCACGCAGGUCAUCCUCGCGCGCGAGUACCUCAAGGAGGUCACCAUGAGCCGCGAGCAGAUGAAGUACCUCGUCACGGAGGCCAUCCGCGGCCAGUGCCAGGGACACAGAGCGGAGCUGUUCGCACAGCGCGUGGCGAAGGCGUCAGCAGCACUGGAGGGGAGGGACAGAGUGAGCGCAGACGACCUCCGUAGAGCGGUGGAGCUGGUCAUCCUGCCCCGCGCUACAGUCAUCGACAUGCCACAGGACCAGCAACAGAACGCGCCUCCGCCACCACCGCCGCCAUCCCCGCCACAGGACCAGCAGAAGGACGAGGACCAAGAAGAGGAGCAGGAGGACGAGGAGGACGAGGAUGACGAGGACCAGGAGGAGCAGGCGGAUCAGAUCCCCGAGGAGUUUGUCUUCGACGCGGAGGGCGGCGUGGUGGACCAGCAGCUGCUCAUGUUCGCGCAGCAGGCGCAGCGCCGCAAGGGCAAAGCUGGACGUGCCAAGAACGUAAUCUUCUCUGAGGACAGAGGACGAUACAUCAAGCCCAUGCUGCCCAAGGGGCAAGUGAGGCGGCUGGCAGUGGACGCCACGUUGAGAGCAGCAGCGCCCUUCCAGAAGCUGCGGCGAGAGCAAGCACAGAAGACGGGCAACACGCGGCCUGUGUAUGUGGAGCAGAUCGACAUGCGCUCCAAGCGCAUGGCCCGCAAGGCUGGCGCCCUGGUCAUUUUCGUUGUGGACGCCAGUGGCAGCAUGGCUCUGAACCGAAUGAACAACGCCAAGGGCGCUGCUAUGCAGCUGCUUGCAGAGAGCUACACCAGCCGUGACCAGGUCUCCAUUAUCCCAUUCCGUGGCGAGGCAGCAGAGGUGCUGCUGCCCCCCUCUCGCUCCAUCGCCAUGGCAAGGAAGCGGCUCGACAAACUGCCCUGUGGUGGCGGCUCCCCCCUCGCCCAUGGUCUCUCCACGGCUGUGCGGGUGGGCAUCAAUGCGGAGAAGGCUGGCGAGGUGGGGCGUGUGAUGAUAGUGGCCAUCACGGACGGCCGUGCCAACGUGUCACUCAAGCGGUCACUGGGAGAUGAGGAGGCAGUGGGGCCUGACGCGCCCAAGCCCACACAGCAGGAGCUCAAGGAUGAGAUUCUGGACAUCUCAGCGAAGAUCCUCAAGUAUGGGUUUUCUCUGCUUGUGAUCGACUCUGAGAACAAGUUCAUCUCAACCGGGUUCGCCAAGGAGAUGGCCCGCGUUGCCAACGGGAAGUACUACUACCUGCCAAAUGCCUCAGACGCUGUGGUGUCAGCAGCAACAAAAGAAGCCCUUACCCAAUUCAAGGAGUCCUAGACCUUAUGCCCAACGCAUGCCUAGAUUGCCUUAAUCAUUUAGUUGACUUGCUGCUACUUUCUAUCCAAAGAUAACCUUCCAUUUUACCUGUUCAAUGAUGCCGUCUCGUAGAAAGUCUAUCCGAAGGGCUCUGAAAUGGAAUGCUGCAUUGGAAUGGUUUUAUGUGGGAGGUAAUCUUCUACCAUGAAGGAAAGAU